AUGAAAGAAGAUCUCGCGGCCACGGGAUCGUCUGCCGCCGCGCAGGGAACAAUAGCGGCAGGGGGAGCCCCGGUCGCCCGCCCCGCCGCACGGCCGGUGCUCCCGCCCGCAGCCCCGGGCGGCUCCCGCUCCCGCCCCGCGCCGCCGCAGCCGACUUCGCAGCCAGCGGCGGCGGCCUGCGGGGACACCCCGCGCCCCGGCUCUCCGCCGCCGCCGGCAUCCAUUGCAACUCCGGCCGGAGCGCUGCCCACCCGGGGAGGCAAAGUUUGCCCGGCCCCGGCGCUCCCCUCGGGCCGCGCCCCUCGCACCGCGCCCGCCCCGCCUGCCCCGACCCGCGCAACUGCCCCGCGGGCACCGCUCGGCGCCGCGGCGCCCCCUGGCGGGGCCCCGGCACGGCCGGCGCUGCCCCGCUCCCCGCCCCGUCCGGCCUCCCCCGGGGGGCUCCCGGGUCCGGGCGGCGGCCCCUUGCCCGUGUUUGCGGUGCUUACCUUCCGCAGCAUGCUGGGGGCAGCGCUCGGCGCCGCGCUCUCCCGCCCCUCACGGCGCCGCGGCCCCUCCGCGCGCGCCGCCCGCCUGCCCGCACUGAGCGGCGGCGCAACGGCCGCGCCCGCCACGAGGCAGCGCGGCCGCGGGGGGGGCCGGGCCCACCCGCCCCCGCCGCCCGGCCCCUUCCCCGGCCGCGGCCCCCGCCCGCCCCCGCUGCCCGCGGCCGGGGCAGCCGUGCCCGAGGAGGGGGCCGGGGAGCGAGCGCCUGGCUCCGGGCGGCUCCCGGUCACGGCGCGUGGGCGCCCCGAGAACUGUGGGGAGCCCCCCGCGGGAAGCAGCGCUCGCUCCUCAGCGCUGCCCGGGCCGGGCCAGAGCAGGGCAGGGCAGGGCAGGGCUGGGGCUGCUCCCCCUGAGGAGCCAGGAGAAGCCGAGCUGGAUAGCUCCGUCACCCCGGCCAGAUCCGCCCGUGGGAAGGCACUCGGACGACGCUGCUUUGGUGCUCUACCAGACCACUGUGCUUCUAACAUGUACUGUCCCACCAAGCUAUGUGUCUCCCAAAGUGAAAUCCUGGAUAAAUACAUGGCAUCUCCCAGUUCUGCCUAAACAAGGCUUGUGCUGAUUGAGAGGGUCUGUCUGGAGACACACUGCUGGAUGGAAGCCAAAGAGGAGCUGUCAAUUUAAAGCUAUGAGACAGUCCACAGAAGAAAGGAAGUAGCUCUCUGCUCACAAGGCCCAUGAUAGAAAUACUAUAUGCACAAACACAAAAUAAAAUGUGAGCAUCCACCCAGUUGUCUUCUUCAUACUGAAUGUAGAAAAAUGAUCUCUGGUUUGUGGUUCUUACAGGUACAUAGAAAAUUAUAGUGACAUAAAUUACUGAAUUUCAGAUCAGCCUACAGUCAAGUCUAAUAUAAGCAUUAUUUAACUAAACUUUUUGAAAACCAACUGAACGUGUUUCAAUAGCAAGAUUUAAAGCAGUAAAAUUGCGACAGUCUAUGUUAUGGUAAGACCUCAGUGUUUCUCAUGCGAGUCAGGAUGUUGGCAGAUGUGGUACUAACUCCAAAUGAGAGGGCAUGUUCUAGGCUCAGUCCAUUCUGCUGGCAUAUUAAGAUCUUCUGUCAUUGUGGGAAGUGCAAAUGUUUUCACUUUUCAUACAGCUACUGAGUUCUUUUGCUGUUACUACUGAUUUGCCUAAUAAUUUUACAUACACAAAGCCAAAUCCUGCUAUUAUUUAUGAACACAUGAUGCUGAUCCAGAUUUGUAAUACCGAGACAUUAUGCUGAUAGCAUUGGCUGAGGCAAAGAAAGCUUCUCAUUUUGGGAAUGAACUUAGGAUCUUGUUAGGUCCUAGAGUAUCUCAAGUCGGAAUAAAAUUGCCAUAUUUAAAACAGAAACUCAAUAGAUUGUGUCUUUGCUUUGUCUGCAGAAGAGGGAAAUACUACAAUAUAUUCUUUCCAGCUUGUAUACCGAAGAAUAUGGCAAGUUCUAACAGCUCCAAAACAGAUGCCUCAUGCAUUCCUCAGUCACCUGUGCUGGUUUUGGCUGGGAUAGAGUUAAUUUUCUCCACAGGAGCUAGUAUGGGGUUGUAUUUUGGAUUUGUGCUGGGAACAGUGUUGAUAACACAGGGACAUUUUAGCAAUUAUUGAUCAGUGCUUACACAGCAUCAAGGCCUUUUCUACUUCUCAUCCCACCCUACCAGCGAGGAAUCUGAGCAUGCACAAGAUGUUGGGAGGCAAUACAGCCGGGACAGCUGACACCACUGACCAAAGGGAUAUUCCAUACUGUAUGGCAUCAUGCUCAGUAUAUCAGUCUGGGUGAAGAAGGAGGAGGAGGGGGUGAUGGCAUUCAUCUUCCCAAUAACUGUUGUGUGUGAUGGAGCCCUGCUCUCCUGGAGAUGGCUGUACACCUGCCUGCCCACAGGAAGCACUUAUUUAAUUCCUUGUUCUGCUUUGCUUGUAUGCGUAGCUUUUGCUUUACCUAUUAAACUGUCUUUAUCUCAA